AUUAUAAAUGUCUAUUGAAUGGAGUCCUCCUUUGUGUUGAAUAACUGAAUGACUGUAUAGUCACCUGAGCUCAGGUGAUGGCGGUGAAGUGUUACAGAAUGUGAUGUUUGAUGUUUCCAGAUCAAAAUAUUCAUCAGGAUUGAUUGAUUGAUUUUUUUUUUUUUUUUUUUUUUCAGUAGUUUCUACAUUGGUGUCGGAAACUUAUAACAACAUUGUGAUGACUAAAGAAUGCAUAACAUUUAUUAUUUUCACUGGCUGUAACAGUUACAUUUAGAUCUGUGAAAUAAUGAUCUCACUGUUGAAAAAUGAAGGAAGUCUCUAAAUUUAGAAACACGUCUGCCAGGGUGGAUUUUCUUAACUCAACUUGACUCUCUUUGGUCAUGAAAACAGUGUUGCUUUGAGUCCUUCCAGUAGCCUGUGUCUCUGUAAAGGUAUAUGCUCUAUUAUGGAUCUGCCUGAUGAGAGCAAGGGGGGGCGUCCUGUCUGUGAAUCCACUCUGUCUGAGGAAUAUGACGGCCAGACAAAAGCUAAGAGCUCAGUGCAACAGGAGAGAUCAGACUCCCCUGAACCCGAACACAGCUGUGUGUCCAUGAGGAGUGACUGCUCUAUGAUUGUACCUGUACAUUUUAAAGAUAAACAGUCCUCUGAAAAUGGGAUGCAGCAGAAGAGACCAGACUCCCCUGAGCCCAGCUGUGUGUCCAUGAAGAGUGACUGCUCUAGGAAGUCACCUAUUGAAUUCAAACAUGGACACCCCUUUGAGACAAGUUUUCAUGAAAGACCAGAGGUUUCCAGUAGUCAGUCUGCCCAGAAUCAUCAAAUAGACCUGGUCUCCAUAUUUAUGCUACUUGAGGCAAACAUUGUCACCUUUGUGAAGAACGAGCUGAAGAAAUAUCAGAGGAUUCUUAGUCAAGAUCAUCUGGAGUAUUUAGACAUGCAGCGUGAGGAUGAGAUGGUGGUGGACAGAGAGGUGGAAGAGAAGGGGAAGGGCAGCAGAGAGGCUUUACUGGAAAUUACCCUGCACUUCCUGAGGAGAAUGAAGCAGGAAGAGCUCGCAGACUCUUUGCAGAGAAAAAGUCCUGCUGCAGUAUACCAACAGAAACUCAAAUCUCAUCUGAGGCAAAGGUUUCAGUGCUUGUUUGAGGGGAUUGCCAAAGCAGGAAACCCAACACUUCUGAAUCAGAUCUACACAGAGCUGUACAUCACAGAGGGAGGGAGCAGAGAGGCCAGUGAUGAACAUGAAGUGAGAAAGAUUGAAGCAGCAUCCAGGAGACCAGUGAGACCAGAAACACCGAUCAAAUGUGAAGACAUCUUUAAACCUUUACCUGGAAGAGAUGGACCAAUUAGAACAGUGAUGACAAAGGGAGUGGCUGGCAUUGGGAAAACAGUCUUAACACAGAAGUUCACUCUGGACUGGGCUGAAGGCAAAGCCAACAAGGACAUACAGUUUCUGUUUCCAUUCACUUUCAGAGAGCUGAAUCUGCUGAAAGGGAAAAAGUUCAGCUUGGUGCAACUUCUUCAUCACUUCUUUACUGAGACCAAAGAAGCAGGAAUCAGUGGGUUUGAGCAGUUCCAGGUUGUGUUGAUCUUUGACGGUCUGGAUGAGUGUCGACUUCCUCUGGACUUCAAGAACAACCAGAUCCUGACUGAUGUAACAGAGUCAACCUCAGUGGACAUUCUGCUGACAAACCUCAUCAGGGGGAAACUGCUUCCCUCUGCUCGCCUCUGGAUAACCACACGACCUGCAGCGGCCAAUCAGAUCCCUCCUGGGGGUGUUGACAUGGUGACAGAGGUGAGAGGCUUCAAUGACCCACAGAAGGAGGAAUAUUUCAGGAAGAGAUUCAGAGAUGAGGAGCAGGCCAGCAGAAUCAUCUCCCACAUGAAGAUGUCACAAAGUGUGCACAUCAUGUGCCACAUCCCACUCUUCUGCUGGAUCACUGCUACAGUUCUGGAGCAUGUGUUUAAAACUAGUGAGGGAGAAGACCUGCCCAAGACCCUGACUGAGAUGUACAUCCACUUCCUGCUGGUUCAGACCAAACUGGGGAAUGUCAAGUAUCAUGGGAGAACCGAGACAGAUCCUCUCUGGAGUACAGAGACCAGGGAGAUGAUCCUGUCUCUGGGAAAACUGGCUUUUGAGCAGCUGGAGAAAGGCAACGUGAUCUUCUAUGAAUCCGACCUGGCACAGUGUGGCAUUGAUGUCAGAGCAGCUUCAGUGUACUCAGGAGUGUUCACACAGAUCUUCAAAGAGGAGCGUGGGCUGCACGAGAGCCAGGUUUUCUGCUUUGUCCAUCUGAGCAUUCAAGAGUUUCUGGCUGCUCUUUAUGUCUCUCUGUCACUCAUAAACUCUGGUGUCAAUCUUCUGAGAAAAACACAGAAAUUACGAAAGAAAUCUAAAAUAAAGGACUUCUAUCGGAGCGCUGUGAACAAGGCUUUAAAGAGUCUAAAUGGACACCUGGACUUGUUCCUCCGCUUCCUCCUGGGUCUUUCACUGGAGACCAACCAGACUCUUCUCCAAGGCCUGCUGACACAGCCAGGAAAUGGCUCACAGACCGAUCAGGAAACAGUCCAGUACAUCAAGGAGAAGAUUAGGGAGAAUCCCUCUCCAGAGAGAAGCAUCAACCUGUUCCACUGUCUGAAUGAGCUAAAUGACCAUUCUUUAAUGGCGGAGAUCCAACAGUACCUGAGAUCAGGUAUUGUCUCCACAGACAAACUGUCCCCUGCUCAGUGGUCAGCUCUGGUCUUCAUCUUACUGACAUCAGAAGAAAAUCUGGACGUGUUUGAUCUGAAGAAAUACUCUGCCUCAGAGGAGGCUCUUCUGAGGCUGCUGCCAGUGGUCAAAGCCUGCAGUAAAUCUUUGCUGGGUCGCUGUAAUGUGACAGAGAGAAGCUGUGCAGCUCUGGCCUCCAUUCUCAGCUCCCAGUCCUCUAAUCUGAGAGAGCUGGACCUGAGUAACAAUGAGCUGCAGGAUUCAGGAACUAAGCUGCUCUCUGCUGGAUUGGAGGGUCCAUACUGUAGACUGGAGACUAUCAGGCUGACUGAUUGUAAGUUGUCAGAGAGAAGCAGUGCAGCCCUGGCCUCAGCUCUAAGCUCCAGAUCCUCUAGUCUGAGAGAGCUGGACCUGAGUAACAACGACCUGCAAGAUUCAGGAGUGAAGUUGCUCUCUGCUGGACUGUGGAGUCCACUGUGCAGGCUGGAGUCUCUCAGGUUGUCGGGCUGUAUGAUCACAGAGAGAGGCUGUGCUGCUCUGGCCUCAGCUCUGAGCUCCAACCCCUCGCAUCUGAGAGAGCUGGACCUGAGCUACAAUCAUCCAGGAGACUCAGGAGUGAAGCUGCUCUCUGCUGGACUGGAGGAUCCAACCUGGAGAUUGGACAAGCUCAGUGUGGACCAUGGUGGAGUGCAGAGGUUGAAAUCUGGUCUGAGAAAAUACACCUGUGAUCUCACACUGGACCCAAACACAGCAAACAGGAAGCUCCUCUUGUCUGAAGACAACAGGAAGGUGACAGCGGUGAGAGAGGAGCAGCCAUAUCUUGAUCACCCAGAGAGGUUUUACUGCUGGGAGCAGGUGCUGUGUGGAAAUGCUCUGACUGGUCGCUGCUACUGGGAGGUAGAAUGGAAAGGACAGGUUUCAAUAGGAGUGACUUACAGAGGAAUCAGAAGGAGAGGAGAGGGAACUGACUGCUGUCUAGGAUUUAACAAAAAGUCCUGGAGUCUUUUCUGCUCUGAUAACAGGUGUAUCGCCUUCCAUGAUCACAAAGAAACAGACAUACGUAUCCCUGCUUCCUCUGUCUCCAGCAGAGUGGCAGUGUAUCUGGACUGGUCUGCUGGCUCUCUGUCUUUCUACAGAGUCUCCUCUGACGCUCCGAUCCAUCUCCACACCUUCACCUGCACAUUCACUGAACCUCUUUACCCCGCGUUCAGAGUUUGGUUGGAUGGAUCUUCAGUGUGUUUGGCUCAGAUGGAGGAGUGAGAGUCACCUCACAUUCACACUGCCCAAAGACGGCUGAUGAUAGUUUACUCUAUACAGGUUCUUACACUCACACAGACACUCAAACUUAAAUCAUAAAGUGAGAAAUUUUAUGUUUGUAUUUUAUUAAAAUUUACAACAUUUUACAACAUUUUAAGAUACUGUGUACACACCAAAUUCAUGCCUGACGAUGAUACUAGAGAGAAGGGACACAAGGUUCAGACAAUUUCAUGGCAAUCCAACCAAUAGAUUUAGAGAGAUAUUGCCUUGGAAUAAAGUGUUGGACGGACGGACAGACCAACAUGAUCGUCGUGAGGCCUGACCUGCCGGCGGGACAAAAAUAAAUGAAUGUACAAAUUCAGUUACAUUCAACUACAACUUCUAUUCUACACAAC